GGGGCGUUCGCAUGUGAGCAGAAGUUCGAGGGGCAGACCUCGAGCAUGAAAGUCUUCGAAGAUGUGGGUCGCAAGGUCUGGGGCGAGCGGCGCCGGGCGGUGGCGCGGGAAACCCGGCGCAGGCCAGCCUUGCAGAAGGAUUCCCAGAAGCAGGUCGAGGAGGCGCAGGCGAGCUCCAAGCGCUACGACCAGGGCUCGGUCAAGGAGCGGCGGCAGAAGUGGUCGGACAAGCAGGAGGCAGCGGCUUCAGGUGCAGCUGGAGGGCUCCACGGGCUGAGUAAGACCGUGGAGAUAUGGCGUCCGCGGCGAGCUGCCACAGCGCAGGCGUCGGCAGAUCCAUUUCAGGCAGCUGAGGCAGCGCCUGGUGAAUGGAAGCACGCGUGGCGCGUGGGCGACCCGCUGCCGCAAGCUCGUAGGCCGCGGGGGUGCGAGGCCUGCAUGGAGUUGGGCGGCUUCCAGAUGGCGGACCUCGACUGGUUGAAGAGGCUGCUGGAUAUCCGGAGGGAGAUGGAGCGCGCGCUUGCGUGGCCGAAGAACGCGGCCACGGUCGUCCUCUUCUUGAUCCCGAAGAGCGCGAACGCCGAUCGCGUUACUGGCUUGCUGCCCACUUUGGUCCGCGUGUGGGAGAUCAUGCGGGUGGACCCCGCGGUCAUGGCCACGAUGCCGGCCAUCUUGGAUUUGGUCAAGGCUCUCGAACGCGUUAGUUUGCAUGGCCUGUGGGAGCGGGGCAAGCAUAUGAAGUUCCACACGGGGGUCUUGGCGGUGGUGUGCUCCUACUUCGCGAUGGCCAGGCGCGUCGUGGCUGGGGGGUCGGCGUCUACGGAGACGUGCACGGUGGCUACCACCUUCGCGGGCAGUAAAUUCUCUGUCGGCUUCCUGAGGAAGGUCAUCCAGCGGGGUGCGCAGCAGUGGGUGGCGGAUGUCUUCCCCGACAUCGUCGACGAGAGCAUGGUCGGCUUCGCGGGCUUGGGCCUGGAGUUCUCGGCGGGCGAGCAGGACAGCGACGCGGUCGUGGCCGGCGCCAAGUGGCUCCGUGAGGCCGCGAUCGCGGUCAUGGGCGAGCGUGGUUUGCUUGUGGAGCGUGCGCGUCCGCACCCGGGCGUGGGCAUGGUCGCGGCGGGCGCGGUGGCCGCGGCCAAGAGUGGCAAGUUGUUCAGCAAGAUGAGGAAGUGCACCGCCAGCCUCCUCCACCUGCGCCGAGGUGGACGGGCCAUGUCGGGAGGCCCGGGGCUGGGCGGCAAGUGCGCGCCCAAGCGUUCGGUGCUGCAUGGGUGCAAGUGCCUGGGCACGCCUGAUCAUCAACUCCAGCUGCUAAGGCGCGCUGCGGGGGAGAUCUUGCCGGGGUCGCGAGGAGCAAAGGGCUUGACCGUGCAGCUUGCCCUGGCGAAGGAGGAGCCCACUUUCGAGGCCGCUGAG